AUGUCAUCCAACAAGGAAGAAGAGCAGCAGUUUACGAUUCAGCCGCACCCCGAGACGAGCCACACCAACACCAAGUCGGGCUCGGCUGCCCAGGGUGGUCAGGCAUCAGCGACGGAGGCUGCGAUCCAGUCGAACCCGGGCCUAGCCAAGCUUCCUGACGAGAUUGCCUCCAAGAUCGAGACGCCAAAGGGCAAGGAGGAGCUCGCCAAGAUCAGCGCCGAGCUCAACAAGGAUUCCUAA